GGAUCUCCACCGAGGAAGGCAACAUCAUUCACAAAGACUACCUUCAUUUCAUCCUCCCGCAGCGAUCAAACAGGAGUUUUAGAUAAAAGAAGUGGUGACAGAUGGGCGGACUCCAGAGCAUGUGCCUCCGAGUGGAGGGAGGUGAACGAGUGCAGGAGGAGAGAGGAGAGGAGCAGAUGUUCUCAUCUAACACGAUGCUGAUGAUGCAGCCUCUAGCUACCAGAGCAUUCUAUUUUUUCUAAAGAUUGAAUGGUGUCAGAUCCAGAUAUGGAUACGCACAAUAUUCCACCAUAUGUUCCGUCUUGGUCACCGCGGUUGUCUGUGUUCGAUUAUCGAUUGAAAAUGCGGGUACGUGAAUGUUCUCGACAAGCUCCAACGUUAUUUGUGCUUUUUUGAACUUGAGAUAUUGCUCAAGGGCAGAGACCGCUUUCACCCCGACAGCCCCCUCAUCUCUCCGCGUCACUCUAACCGCAGCUGUGGAGUGAAAUAUCAGCAUUGACAUACCCAGACAGUCAACUAAAUGAGGCAUGGCAACUUUAUCGACCCAAGGACUGUCGCUGCGGAUAUUUUGCUUCUCGACAUUAAUGUGUUUGAACACAAUAAGGCCUGAAGUUAGAAAACUGUUGUGCAACGACUGCACUUCCUGUCCUACGCAUUUCCACUUGAAAGAGACAACAACUUGGGGGGGUCAAUGCUGGAUCACGUCGCUUUUGGAGGUUAUAAGGAAUGAGAACGUAAUUUCUAGCUUUUCUUUAUAGCCAGAGAACUACAGCUUUGAAAGCAUAUACCAUUUGUGACGGGCACGAAUAGGUCUGGGAUGUGGCACAUUUAAGGAGAAAUGAGACAAUACAGAGAAAAGAAAACUGGGCACUUUACGAUCAGAGGUUGUUACGCAAUAAAGUAUUUUCCCCAAAUACCUGAACAGCAAAUUCAAUCCAGUCUAUUCAAUCAGUCAUGGUGAAAAAGGUUCUAGCACUCAAUUAGCCGUUAAUGAGAUCACAAUGGUGUGAAAAUGUCCAGUGAGGUCAUGUAAGUACCCGGCGUCUGGCGCUGGAGGGCAGGGAUCAUUUCCCGACUCUGGAAGUUGAGUCAGAGUCGAACUGUGUCCUUCCCCGGCUUAUUACUGGCUGAGAGGAUCGCCCAUCCCAGCCGCAUAAUUCCAUCUGGGCUAAAUAUUUAGACUGAGGGGGAACGACAUCACUUGUCCACAACACAUCCAUUCACAUAAGAGGGAGAGCUGCUCGCGGAGCAGAGUCAGAGUGACCCGCUCGCGUUGCCGGAGGAACGUCGCUGCUCCUUGCUGACGUUUGAAGAGAUAAACUUUCAGGAAGUUUUGUACAAGCUCGAGUCCACGAUGAUCUUUUUCAUUCCUGUUUUUGGGGUGAUUCUCUCUUUGUAUCAGAUUGGGAAGAAUCCUGCCAGUGCUGGGAUGUGCUGGCUGCAGCAGAGUCAGGACCAAAGGUGCGACAUGGUGCUGAUGAGAGGGGUGACCCGGGAGGAGUGCUGUGCCAGCGGACGCCUGGACACCGCGUGGUCCAACAGCAGCAUGCCCAUGAAUGAGGUCAGCCUGCUGGGCUUCCUGGGAAUCGUGUCCUGUAAACCCUGCAAAGAGACCUGCGAGGGAGUGAGCUGCAGUCCCGGGAAGGUUUGCAAAAUGAAGACGGGAAGGCCCCAGUGUGUGUGCUCUCCGGACUGCUCUCACAUUACCCGGAGGCCCGCUGUGUGCGGCAGCGACGGGAGGUCCUACGGAGAUGAGUGUUCUCUGCUAAUGGCCCGCUGCAUGGGCCACCCGGACCUGGAGGUCAUGUACCAAGGAGACUGCAAAAAGUCCUGCUCCAACGUGGUGUGUCCCGGGACGCACACCUGCGUGACCGACCAGACCGACAGCGCUCACUGCGUCAUGUGCCGCGCCACCCCGUGCCCGAUCCCCUCGAUGUCCGAGCAGCAGAUCUGCGGCAACGACAACAUCACCUACCCGAGCGCCUGCCACCUCCGCCGGGCCACCUGCUUCCUGGGCCGCUCCAUAGGCGUCCGCCACUUCGGCCACUGCAACAGUCCCCCGCGGAAACCUCAACGCUUCGAAGGCAGCGAGGAAAACGCGGUGUAGGUGCAACCACCCCCCCCCCCCCCCUCCCUCCCGCCUGAAGAGACCAGUCCGAUCCGUGACAGUUCCCGAGCGCCACGCCACUAGCUUCCCACGAUGACCUCUUUUUGUUUCCAUAAUCACUGCCCCUCCUCUUUGUACACAGAGUGACGAUAGAAUUUAGAAGACCUCCGUUGGAAGAAAUAUAAAAGUGUAACUGCCUCGAAAAGAGCUGCGGAGUCCCAGGGAGCAAUUGGCAGAGGAACCAGACGGAUUUAUCUCACUGGCUCCUUGGGAGAUGUGUGCAUAUUGUAUAUAGAAUACCACUGCUAUUUAUUGGAGAAGGUAUCAAACUCUAUUUAUGUUUUUACCCAAGUAACAAAUCCAUAUAUCCUCUGGAAAGGUGACGCAUGAAUCGUAUUUAUUGUGGGUUUUUUUUGUCUAUUGCAAGCUGAUGGAAAGCCUCGCUUGUCGGGGGAAAGUUGAUGCCACUUUAAAUUCUGCCCGCGUGGUUUGAGAACUGGGCCGCUGCAGUCGUACGUGCUUGGGCUUUUGUCUGGAGGAGAAGGUCGGCUCGGCUUAAACAAGCUCGGCUUUGUUUUCUCGACGUGUUGUCUUUUUUUUCGGUCCGCUGUUUGGCUGCUUUCAUGUUGAUUUGAUUCUUUCUCAGAACUUACUGGAUGGACAAACGUAAUCAGCAUCGUCUGACUGAAAGGGAAAUUCAAUUUGUCUGAGAAUGGACUGCGAUUAAGGCCAAUUGGAUAUGCCCGAUUAUAUCGCAAGGGGUCGAUCGGUCCGCCUGCCGGCCGAGACGAGUUGCCGGUCCAGUCUUUAGCCUCAAAGCUCAUUUCUUGAUGUAAUCCUCUCACUAUGGAACACCUCAAUGACUCUCCUGUAAAUAACUCUCUCUGUACCUACUGUGAAAUUUGAAUGACAAAUGCAUCAACGUAUUUUUGUAUUUUUGUACUGCCAUUUCAAAAAACAAUAUAACGUUUAACAAUU